AGGCUGCUGCCGCGCCGACUGCCCCGAGCCCAUGACGAUGCUGCUGGACGGAGGGCCGCAGUUCUCGGCGUUGGGGGUGGGCGGCGUCGCGGCGCCCCGCCACCACGACAUGCCGGCUCGCGACGCCGGCGGCGGCGGCGGCGGCAUGGGGCUGGGCCCCUUCGGGGACUCCUCGCACGCCGCCCCCUUCAAGCUGAACGCGGCCCCACAAGACCUCGCCGCCGGGCAGAGCUCGGCAUUCACGCCGCAGGCGCAGGGCUACGCCAGCGCCCUGGGCCACAACCACCACGCCGGCCAGGUGCCCUCCUACGGCGGGGCCGCCGCCUUCAGUUCCACCCGCGACUUUUUGUUCCGCAACCGUGGCUCCGGCAUCGUGGACGCCGCCUCUGGCACAGGGCAGCACGGGCUCUUCGGCGGCUCCUCCGGCGGCUUGCACGGCCCUGGCGGCAUCUCGGACACCCCGGGCUACCUGCUCUUCCCGGGGCUGCACGAGCAGAGCCCGAGCCACACGUCCCCCAAUGGGCAUGUGGACAACGGGCAGAUACACCUGGGGCUGCGCAGGGACCUCUUCGGGCGGCCGGAUCCCUACCGGGCCGUCUCCAGCCCCCGCACGGACCCUUACGCCGGCGCCCAGUUCCACAACUACAACCACAUGAAUAUGAAUAUGGGCAUGAACGUGGCGGCCCAUCACCACCACCACGGCCCCGGCGCUUUCUUUCGGUACAUGUGCCAGCCCAUCAAGCAAGAACUGUCCUGCAAGUGGCUCGACGAGAGCCAGCUCAGCCGGCCCAAGAAGAGCUGCGACAGGACUUUCAGCACCAUGCACGAGCUGGUGACCCAUGUCACCAUGGAGCACGUCGGGAGGCCGGAGCAGAACAACCACAUCUACUGGGACGAGUGUCCGCGGGAAGGCAAGUCCUUCAAGGCGAAAUACAAACUGGUGAACCACAUUCGGGUGCACACGGGGGAGAAGCCCUUCCUCUGCCCUUUCCCGGGCUGCGGCAAGAUCUUUGCCCGCUCCGAGAACCUCAAGUUUCACAAGCGGACGCACACAGGUGAGAAGCCUUUCAAGUGCGAGUUUGAGGGCUGCGACAGGCGUUUCGCUAACAGCAGUGACAGGAAGAAACACAUGCACGUCCACACCUCAGACAAGCCCUACAUCUGCAAGGUGUGCGACAAAUCCUACACCCACCCCAGCUCACUUAGGAAACACAUGAAGGUGCACGAAUCCCAGGGGUCGGACUCUUCUCCUGCAGCCAGUUUGGGAUACGAGUCCUCCACCCCCCCUGCGGUGGGCUAUGCCGGCAGUAAGGACUCCACUAAAACGCUGCCGGCCGCCCUUCAGAGUAACCCUGGCCACAACCCUGGACUGCACCCCAAUUUUAAUGAGUGGUAUGUGUGAAGGCAGCUGCUGCCUGGCCACAGACUGGACCAAAUGCAUUGGGAACAAGGAAAAAAAAAGACAAACCAAGCCAACUGCAGCUCGCUCCCACAGAAAUGGAGUUUCCACACUGACGACUGCAUAGGGCUACACCUACUUAACUGCCAGGAUCCGGGGGGGGGUGUGUGUGUCUUUUAUUAUUAUAUUAUAAUUAUUACUAUUCUUUUGCAAGCCCAGAUGCUGGACCAGCCAUGUUCUUUUCUCAGGAUUAGAUUUCUUUUAUUUGUUGUCAUUUUUUUUUCAGUCACAAUUGUUUCUUUGAUUCCCCCCCUCCUUGCCUGAGUCUCUUCCUCCAAUUCCCCACUAAUUUAUUAUUCUUAAUUUGUUUUGUUUUUCUUUCUUUUGGUGGGAUGUUGACAUGAGGAUGAAAAUUCUCCUUCGCCUUAGUGGUGAUUGUUUAAAUUUAGUCUUAAACUGUGCCAAAGUCCUGUUAUGUCUUGAACUUUUCUAGCUCUCCUGCUGCUUCUUUCUCUUUCUCCUUCUCUCUGCAAGCAUUACACUUGUGAAUGUAUUCUCGUCUGAUGGGGUCGGUCAGUAUUUUUCAGGAUGAGGAUGUGCUGUUUAUUCUGCCCACAUUGUGACGUUUAGUAAAACAGUUGCCUUUUUGUAAUAACUUUUUUUGUAAAUACAUAUCCAUGAUGCCGUAUUUAUCGUUCAUAAUUUAAUUAUUGAUACAAGGUGCUGGGAACUGAACGAUAUUUAUGGAGGAGAAAAAAUUGUUUUCUAACAAAAAAAUACAAACAAACAAAAAAUCCACCUCUGUACAGUUUUUGGUCAUAACUGCUUUAGCAUUAAAAGUUUAUUGUUUUGGAAAGAGCCAGUUUUGACCUACUCCGGGGCACAGGGCAGCCGCGAGUCCCAUCGCGACCCCAGUUGGCACUGCCACCCGGGCCUGGCUGUUGUUUUCGAGCCGGCGGUGCCGGGCGAAGCCUCCUCGCCGCCGCUCUCUCUCCCGUCCCUUUGUCCCCGCCCUCCACCACCCAGCGGCUUCGCUCCCCACCAGCUUCCUGAGAGGGCCGAGGUCGGGGCACGGCGCUGGCGAGGUGGAGCAGCGCCGGGGGCAGCGGGGUCACCUCGACGGGGAGGUCCUGACGGUGAGUACUGGGCCCCGCGGUGCCGUGCCCGCGGGGCGUGAGGCCGGGCAGCCAUGCUGGAGUGGCCCGCCAACACAAGGCUGCUUGCCUGGGGGGCCCGGUGCGACCUCACGGCGGCCAGGACUUGUCUCUGUUAUCUCCUGGUUUGGUUUGGUUUGUUUUUUUUUUUAUUUCUGACUAGGAUGCGGAGAAACCUUCCCGUCCUCAGGAGAGAAAAGGGAUCGAGAUGAAGCAUCUCCCCCGACAAACUUCUCGGCGUCACACAGGAGCCCCAAGCAACCAGAGCAACGGUGGAAACCACCCCUCCCCAGCACAUCAUGGUGCACCCAGCGGCCGGAAGGCACCGGUUUUCCGGCGGGCCAGCUGGGGCUGUGGCAGGAGUGCCGACGGCCUCGUGUCCCGGCGGAGCGCGGCCGCAUGGUUCUGCAUCCUCAUCGGCAGUAGGGACUUGCCGUGGACUGACUUCAGCUCCGAGGACAGGCAGAGACCGGCACUACAGCCGCCGCACCUGCGCUGACUGGGGGAGACCCCAGACAGGCCCGUCUUGAACUUUACUGCGGGCACAGUGGAAGGACGGGGAGGGGGUGGCCCAUCCCCUCCGCUUUCCGCAGGGGCUGCUCGGGCGAGCAACCCGUGGAACCUUGCAUACUUUGAAAUUUACAUGUGAACAAAUUUACCCUCUCCUUCCUCCAAAGGUAGAGGAAAAAAAAAAAAAAAAAAGAAAGGUUUCUUGGGCAGAAAAGGACAGGAGAAAGGUGGAUUGCAGUCUCUGUGGCUGCAUAGCUAAAACAACAAAAAAGUCCCCCGAGCUCCCCACUGGCCCCUUAAAAUAGUUCCCUUCGAGGUGUCCCGGCUAGACAUGGAUCUCUGCUUCUCUUUUGCUGUGAAGUCUUUUUCUUGCUGUGCACAGAGCCCAGCCUGGGGCUGGACGCGGAGCGCUGCCGGCCCGGGCCUGGCGUGGGACCCGAGUGGGACCACCAUGCACCGCGGCCGGCGAGGAGCAGCGGAGCUGCUGGGGCUGUCGGGUUUUCCUCGGACACCCACCUGGGUCGUGUCUGGUUGCUCCAGACUGCGCCAGGCUUGGAAAAGGUGCCGGUAGGCUCGGUUUCAUUACUGCUUUGCUCUGAGCUGGAAAUGUGCGGGGCGCACAGGGUUCCGUGGGAGCGCCUCGAGACAGGUCCUGCUGCUGUCGGGCUCCGAAGUGCUGUACCAGCGUGGGGGCCUCUGCUGUGGCUGGGGUUGUCCGGCUUGAGGAGCCGUGGCUGGGAGGAUGUAGCAUCUCCAACCCUGGAGUAGCGGCCCCACUGGAGGAUCAGUGCAGGGGCCCUUUCCGGCCCCACAGUGGCUCUAGCUGGUGCCCGGGGCUUUGGGCCAUGCUGGCAAAGCUGUCCUCCUGCCUGCCCCUGCAGGUGCUUCCUAAAACUGGCAGCACUGCCCCUGCCAUUUUUAUAGCCAGGACUUAAAACCAGCAUUCUGGCUCAUUUGGCUUCCCUGGGGUCACAGCCAGUCCCCCACCCUCAGGCCUCCCCAUCCAGACAGGGCUUGCAGCCAGACUGGGGAAGAGUGGAGCAAACUGUUGACUGCACCCCACUGAGGUCCCAGGUCCUCCUAGGCCAUUCUGCAGCCCUCCAGAAAUGGGGUAUGGAUUGGGCAGGUGCAACUCUAUGUGUGUGUAUGGUAUGGGAUGAAGCAAUGGAUUUGGGAUGGGUAUAGAAAGGGCUGGGGACCUGCUUGGCUCUGAAAUGCUUGCAAAGCACAGGGUACAGCACCACGUGGUGGGGCAGGCAGGACAUGGCCCCUAAGCCUGGUACGGUGUGCUGGUGGAUGCUGCUGCCAGCACCUCUGCCCCUCCAGCUGCUGCUGGCUCUGAAACGUGAGAGUGAAGGCCAAAGAAGGGCCGUCUCACCCUGCAGCUGAGUCCUCAGCUUUCACGGACAAAUAAGAAGGGUUUUUCUGUGAAAAGAGGUAAAAAGUCCCUGUUCCUCACCCUUGCCAGUUGCAGGGAGAUAUGGAGAGUUCUGGAAUGGGAAAGAUCCUCUCUCCUGGAUGUCUGAGGCUGGUUUUGUGAGUUGGGAAGACAGCUCAUGUUUUUCAAAGCCAGGGCCUGGCAGUGGGGACCUGUGCUCACAGCUCUGACAAAAACAUUACAGAGUUGACCGGGGCAGGAUAGUACUCAGCUUCCAGUGUGUCAUGACAAAUGGGACUUGUGUCACACCCCAUAAGAGUCCCAGGACUGUUCACAAACAGGGGACAUACUCUGCUGUCCUCUCCCAGACUGGCAGCUCUCUUGAAGUUGCUGUGCUUGCUUGUAUGAGCGGGAUUAGGUGGAUUUGUCCCCAGAUAAACACAACUCAGAAUGGUUUUCUUGAAGGGGUAAUGUUGAUUCAUUGUGCUAUAAUGAGUCUAAGCAGAGGCAGGCAAUGAACUGAAGCCAUUCUGUCUCUACCAUGCUUUAUGAGCCAUGAAUAUUUUGAUUUCCUUUGGUGUAAUUGUUUUUGCAUAUCUGUCUCUGUGUAUGGUGUAAUCCUCUGAAAAAAAAAUUGUUUUCAAGCAUUGUGCCUGCCAUUAGCAUGUAGUGGUUGCACACUGUGUGAAGGCAGAGUCCUGAAGGCAUUUUGAUCAGGUUGUGUUCAAGGGUCUCGGCCUUACAGCACCAGGAAUUAAUUUUCUCUAAUGAAUCUGUCUGCUGUAAAGCUCCAAAGCAGUGGAUAGGGUGUAGUAUUGUGUGUUUACAUUUUAUUUUUUAAAUACAAUGUUCUCAGAUUAAAAGCAUCACAUACCAACACCAGCUUUUUUAACUGAGUGUAACUUUGAUGACUGUUUGCUAAAGCAUCCCUGUUAUUUAUGCUUGUUACUGUGAUCACCUAUAAGGAAAAUAUUUCUGCAGAGAUGCACUCCUGGUUUGGAGAGGUAAAACUCCAGAGAAAGCCUGUAUUCUUUGAGAAAUCUAAUUUUAUAAUGGAGCAUGCAGAAGGAAAUAGUUUGUAUUGUAGUGACUUAUCUGUAUGUUCCCUGAACUAAGACAUUUAGUUAACCUUUCUAUGCUGUUUGUAUGGGAUAAAAAUAUAAUCUGCUUUGCUAGUGCCUGCUCACCUGAACAUAACUGCAGGCAGUAAAAAUGCUUUUGUAAGUGCUCACAGUGAUGAGUGAGAGUGGCAAAGCAAGGACCUGCCCUGCAGACCUGAUAGGAGAUGGUUUAGGAUACUUUUACAGACAUCUGUUCUGUUCUAGUCAUGGAAAAAAAUGCCUUCAGAAUCUGGGGGAGGCAGUUGUCAAAAGAGGCGCAGAUAUAUGUUAAUAUUAAGAUACUAAUUUUAUUCUCAGUAAAGAAGGUUGUGUGCUGCUUAGGUUUUCUUUUAGCUGAUACUUUGGUAAUGUUUCUCCAUUUCAAAUGUUUGUGUGAAAAGAAAUUUUAAUAAAAAGAGCUGGAGAAAAAAAAAGAGUUUAGCUGAAUGAUUUUGUUUUGGCAACUUGUUCAAUAGUGGCAGCUUUGAAAUUGUCAAGGCUUGACUUCGAAAUGAGUCAUACAUGGAGUUUCUUUUGAGGGAGACCCAGGCUGCACAUUGGGGAUUCAUUCCUGUGCACACUGGGCAAGGUAUCCUGACCUGGGACAGGGAAACUCAGAGAUGGAAAAGUCCCUGGCGGUGCUGCUGGCUGGGAAGAGACUGGGGAAGUUGGAGAGCUUAAUAUCUGAGGAUCAUAAAGGAUACAUGCAGAAUAGGGCUAUUCCCUUGUUUUUAUUGUUUUUCAGAGCAUUGUAUAAUCCAGUCUAGGCCUGUGGGGGUUUUGCAGCUACAAAAUGGCUCCUGGCAGGUUUCUGGGCACCGGCAUGGCAGAGCGAGGGGCUGGCAGAGGUCCCCAAGCCUUCCUGGAGACAGUGCCCCACCUGCUUCCAGCACCUCUCCUAUUCUUCCAGAAACUGCUCUGUGCCAGGAGAGAUGUGGAACCUCGGUAAGGUUUGGUAAGGGGGGAGAGUGUUUUUCUCUGCAGCCUGUGUGGAGCCUAUGCCCAGGCAGGUGUGGGAUGUCCCCGCUCCCUGCGCCACAGAGUGCGGGUUUGGAGAAGAAAGAGGUCUUGUGCUUUAUUCACAGCCUGAUGCACAGCCUUUAGCUGGCAGGGUCACAGCAGGGUAGAAAACAUCAGGAUUUUGGUUUCUGCUGGCCGUGGGCUUGCUGCAUUUAUGUGCCACAGAGAACAACCACUUUAGAAAAUACAGUUCCAUAGGGAAAGGGUCGAGAGGCAGGGCAUUAGCAUAGAGCCUUUGCCUGAAAUAAAAUUAGUUACUAAUCUAUACAUUCUUUAACUUCGUCCCAGCUUCAGUCAGACAUUAUUUCAGUGCAAAAUCCAGUGUUUGUUAUUAUUUAAAGUAUUUUUGCCACUUUGUGUAGUUUACGUAGCAUAAUUCUUGUACUGAGAAAGAUGAUGUUCUUUUUAUUGCUUUUGUCCUUAUUUUGAUUGUUUUCCUGUUUUUUUUUUUUUUUUUACCCCUGUUAGUAGAAUGCUGUUGGAUUUAGGGUUUCCACUACUUCAGUGUGUUUUUACUGAAAAUAAACUUUUUUUUGUUUGCAUUUAUUGAAUCCAUUGACUUGAGCUUUUUGGAGAUUAUUGGUAAACUCAGGAAAAAAUGUAAAGCUUGUGUUGAGAUUGGUGAAACUCAGUCUUAACUAUAGGAAAAAUCUUAAUUUGGACUCAAAUAUUAUCUUGGAUUAAGAGAAAAAGCUUCAUGCAGCAGGUGAUGUGACUAAAGUUUCUCUGAGUCAUGCAGAGUGCAGAGUUUGCAAGGACUGGUCUCUGGUUGCUCACUGGUGCAAGGACUCCUGGUGAGGAAGGCAGAUAUUCCCCAGAAUACUCAUUUCCCUGCAGUAUUUUUAUUUUUACUAGAAAGAAGAUGCAGCAAGAACUUUCUGAAACUGAAUCAUAAAU